UAGUCCUGAGAGCCCCAAGCUCAGAGAAGUAGUCCAGCCACCCCACAAAUAUCUAGUCUGACUCCUGCAGCUGCAGCACACACACACCACUCACCCUGUUACCAAAGAUUUAUUGAACGCUGAGUUGUGAGUCCGUAAGAUAAGAUAACUGCAGCUUCAUUGCACCUGAGACUCUGAGCCGGCCACAGCAGAGGUGAUGAUGAUGACGAUGAGGAUGCAGCAGAACUCACGCGGCUUUCUGGUCCUACUCCUCGUGGUCUUCAUCGCUGGUAUAGCUCUGUCUGGUCCCUCAACUCCUCGCAGGAGCAGAGUGCGACGUCAGAACAUGAAAGUUCGCAUCAACGCCACAGGAGACACCAUUGUGAUGAAGUUUCUGCGACCAAAUGCUGACACCAAGCUCGAGGGCUACAUCCUGGGCUAUGGCAGCAGCAUGUUCUCCAAACAGUUCAUUCCGCUGCCAGACAAUGGACAGCCAUAUGAGACUGAGUUUGACGCUGAGCCCAAGUACCUUAUAGCCGUCCAGCCCAUCCCGACCAAUGAGGUGAAGAAGCAGUGCACAGGAAAAGUGGAACUGCAGAAGCCAUUACACUUAGUGAUUGGAUCGGUAACGCCCACCUCAGUGCUCCUGUCCUGGGGGACACUGCUGAAAACACCUUAUGAUGGCAAUAUCAUGAAUGACUGUUUAGAAGACGGACACUACACGGUGCGUUACCGUGAGAGGAGCAGGAAGUGGAACUACCAGACUUGCGCUACCAGCGACACAGUCAUCGACAAUCUGAAGCCCAACACAGUCUAUGAGUUCUGUGUCCAGCCCAGCUCCAAGGAUGUCACUGGAACAUGGAGCAAGCCGGUCAUUCACAACAUCAGCUCGGGGGGAUUAGAGGAGAAGUCCAUCAGGAAAAUCUUUAAACAGCCUCUCAACCCUGUGAAACCCAUAGCACCAGGUCCACGCUACCCCCCCUCUGCUCCUCGCCACGCUCUCCAUAACAAGACCCAGGGCAGACUGCCCAUCUCCCGGAGCAUAGCGUCAAAGACAACUCUUGCUCCAACCACAAGUACUACUACAACUACUAGACAGAAAUCUCUGUCACCCCCUGGACCCACACCACCUACCAUCGCCAAACAGCCAAUCGGUACUGGCAUCCAAAGACCAUCCAAAGAUGAAGUCCCUCGUUCUCCCAUUAGCUCAUCAGUUCCAGCAGGAGCAAGAAACAACACGGUGUCUCGCACCCGGAUUCCUACUCAUUCCACUCAUGUUGGUGUCAGACCACGUUCUCCAUCCAAGACAUUGACUUCUUCUCACAGCUCCAGCACACCUGGGGCAACCGAUGGUGUUCAACACAGGGCCAUUGCUCUUCCUAAGCCUGUGGUGCGGACCAAAGGAAUCCCUGUGCAACCCGCUAUUCCCGUGAACAAGAGACCAAACCUGGUGGGGAAACCAACUGACUAUGAUAAACUCAUGGACCUGAAACAAGGAGGCAAGGAGUCCAUCUUGAAGCCGUUCCCUCUUGUCACAGCCAAGCCCAAGCAAGAGCGAAGACAGCAGACGACCACCCCUGCCCCGGCAGUAAACAGCAGCCACUUUGACAUAUAUGAAAACUCCUCCAUAUUCAGGCCCCUGCCUGCAUCAGACCUAGACAUCAUGGGCAAGAAGCGUUUUGUAGCUCCCCACGUGAUCUACAAGACGGAUAAAAAGCCAGACGAGCCAUGCUCCAUCACCUCCUCUCUCUCUUAUUUUCCUGACGAGGAGGGCAACGAUCAGAAUGUGACGUCCCCACCCCGCUUACCACCCUCCAACCUCACUGUGGUCACCGUGGAGGGCUGCCCGUCCUUUGUCAUUCUUGACUGGCAGAAAUCUGACAAUGAGACCAGAGAAUAUGAAGUUGUGUCCACCGCUAAAGGACCGAAUGGACAGGAAGUGUCCAUACUGACGACCAACCAGACACACACAGCUGUGGAGAAUCUCAAACCGGAGAGCAAUUACGAAUUCAUAGUUACACCAAAGAAUGAGCUCGGAACCGGAACCUCCACUGAUCCCGUGACUUUUAGCACAGAAUCAGCUGAUCCACGAGUGAGUGAAUAUGUUGCAGGCAAAGACGCCAUCUGGACUCAGUUCCCAUUUAAAGCCGACGACUACUCUGAAUGCAACGGGAAGCAGUAUGUGAAGAGAACCUGGUACCGGAAGUUUGUAGGGAUCCAGCUCUGCAACUCGCUGAGAUACAAAAUCUACCUGAGCGACUCGCUCAAUGGUAAGUUCUACAACAUUGGAGAUCAGACAGGACACGGUGAGGACCAUUGCCAGUUCGUCGACUCCUUCCUGGACGGACGGACCGGCACCCAGAUGUUUGCUGACCAGCUACCAAGCAGGCCAGGGUUCUACCGAGCACUGAGACAGGAACCUGUCCACUUUGGAGAGAUUGGAGGAAAGUCACACGUUACCUACGUGGGCUGGUACGAGUGUGGCACACCUAUUCCUGGGAAGUGGUAAGAUCCCACAGGGCUGGUCUGGAGGAUGGCUCCCUAGCUUCCAGGAAGAAGACGACAAGCUUUUCUUUAAUGUUACCAUGGACACUGUCAGUCUGAACUCGGCCUACUCUCCCAGGUGUGAACCUCUAUAGAACUAUCAUGAGAACUCUGUCCCGUGCAUUUGUAACAUUGGUCUUAAUUUCUCUAUUUAUCAAAAAAUGUCACGAUGGACAAAAGAGUGCAGGAGUGUAAGUGAACCAAAAUGUUGAAUAUACAGUAAUCGCAGAAACUAUUGGGAAGCUGGCUCCCAGAGUGUAAUAACGUGUAUGAUAUUAUUUAUCAAGGGUUUGUUAUUGAAUAUUCUGUGUGCUUGGGCGUUUGAGAUAAGAAAGUAAACGUUGUUCCCAGUACUUGCAUGUCAGUGAGCACACACAUACGUCAUUUGUACACAGAUACCAAAUCAUACUUUUCGUUGUACAUUUGGACUGUGUAAAGUACAAGUAUACACAGACAUGCAGAAUCGACCUUCUGCUGGCCCUAAGGGAUUAUUAGCAGUUGCAGUUUGCACAGUAUUAAACUUUUGUUCAUAUAUGUAUAUGAUGUCAAGUACAGUUUGUAAACCAGUGAUCACAGAAACAUUUCAGGUAAAAGAUAAAACAGUUUUAGCCGAAUUGUUGAUCUGUUUGUAAGAAAACCAACGUUUGAGUUUCUGUGGAGUCACUUGAAAACAAAAGCAUUUGUAUUUUUUUAUGCCCGUGCAGUCCUGUAUUGUAGAAUAAAAUAAAGAAUAAAAUA